UCUCUUUAUAGCUAUUAAAGAAUUCCCAUUUUCUUUUACUUCUUUCUUUAUCAGAAAUUUUAUCCGUUCUUGAUUUUUUUUACUAAACUUCUCUUCGAAACCAAGUUUUGCCAGUACUAGCAAAGUUGGUGUCUUUCAACUUCACUCUUUUAAUUCUUUUAUUAAUUGAAAAAGGGUACCCUUUUCUUUUCUUUUUUUUUUGUGUUUUAGAUUUUUCUAAUACUGUUUGCUUGAUUGAUAAGACUGCCAUUGUUGCAAAUCUUGGCUGUUCUUCUGUUUCUUGAUAAACCCAUUUCUCCAACUCUGUUUAGUUUUUUCCUUUUUUCUUCUCUUCUGGGUCUUUCUGUCAUUCUUUUGUGGGUUUUCUUGUUUAUGAUGGGCUAUUUCAUUUCUGGAUCUCUGUAAAGGCACCAGUGUUCUUGCAAGAGAGGUGGGAAAGAUGAGAGCUCGCACUUUCCUUCAACUUCUUUUGGCCACCAGUGGACUCUUUCUUCUGGCUUCUCAUGCUUUUCCUUCAGAUGAGGUGAUUGCUCUUACUAAGUUCAAAGAAGCUAUAUAUGAUGACCCACUUCUAGUUUUGACUAAUUGGGAUGCCCUAGAUUCAAACCCUUGCCAUUGGAAUGGCAUUUUGUGUUCUGCUGCUGGAGAUCAUGUUACCAAUAUUAACAUUUCCAGGGCAUCUUUAAAGGGUUUUCUUGCACCAGAGUUGCAUCUGAUCCCAAAUUUGCAAUAUCUAAUGUUGGAUGGAAACCAGCUGCAAGGUACCAUACCGAGGGAAAUUGGCUUGUUAAAAAGCCUUAUAGUGUUGGACUUGAGCAAUAACAAGUUUUCGGGGCCAAUUCCUCGGGAGAUUGGCAAUUUACAGGACAUCGAGAAAAUAAACCUCCGAUCCAAUGGGUUGACUGGAAGGUUGCCCCCUGAACUUAGCAAUUUGAAAAACCUCAAAGAGCUUCGACUGGAUAGGAAUAAGCUCAAAGGGACAGUGCCCGGCAGUAAUAGCCCGGGUUUUGCAUCCAGCAUACAUGGGAUGUAUACCUCUCGUGGCAAACCUAGUGGCUUUCCACGGUCGAGUUGUUUCCCUAAACUAAAAUUUGCUGACUUCUCCUACAACUUCUUUGUUGGAAAGAUACCGAAUUGCUUGAAUUAUCUUCCAAGGUCAAGCUUCCAAGGGAACUGCCUUCAAGUCCAAGAAAUUAGCCAGCGCCCUGCUGCCCAAUGCGGUCGUGCAUCGACGCCCAAAAUCCAUCCUGAACUCAACAAUAGACACCACCGCCCUGCUGAACACGUGCCCAAACAUAAGUCUGCUGCAAAACCUGCAUGGCUCUUUGCCCUGGAAGUGGUCACGGGGGUCAUGGUUGCUACUCUUUUUGUAGUGGCACUUUUGACUACGAUUAAAAAGUGCAAGAGCAAAUCUUCCAUUAUUAUCCCGUGGAAGAAGUCAGGUAGCGAGAAGGAUCACCUGGCGAUUUAUGUAGAUACUGAGAUGCUGAAGGAUGUAAUGAGAUACAGCAGAGAAGAGCUAGAGGUAGCGUGCGAAGAUUUUAGCAAUAUUAUUGGAACCUCACCGGACAGCGUGGUCUAUAAAGGAACCAUGAAAGGCGGGCCUGAGAUUGCUGUGAUAGCCCUUUGCAUCAAAGAAGAGCAUUGGACCGCCUAUCUCGAACUUUACUAUCAGAAAGAGGUAGCAGAACUUGCGAGAAUAAAUCAUGAACAUACGGGAAAGCUUCUAGGGUACUGUCGAGAGAGCAGUCCUUUUACGAGGAUGUUGGUGUUCGAGUAUGCAUCAAAUGGAACAUUAUAUGAGCACCUUCACUACGGGGAAGCCUGUCAGUUAUCCUGGACGAGACGGAUGAAAAUUGUUAUUGGCAUUGCUAAGGGGUUAAAAUAUCUCCACACAGAACUUAACCCUCCAUUCACCAUAUCAGAACUAAAUUCAAACGCGGUGUAUCUCACAGAAGAUUUUUCUCCCAAGCUGGUUGAUUUUGAAAGCUGGAAGACGAUUCUUUCAAGAUCAGAAAAGAACUCCGGUGCUAUAAGCAGUGAAGGCGCGAUUUGCAUCCUUCCAAAUUCACUCGAGGGGCGCUACAUUGAUGUCCAGGGCAACAUCUACGCAUUUGGAGUGUUGCUGCUGGAAAUCAUCAGUGGCAGACCUCCAUACUGCAAAGACAAAGGAUCCUUAGUAGACUGGGCUAAGGAAUACCUGGAGGUUCCGGAGGCAAUGUCUAACUUGGUGGAUCCUGAGCUGAAGCAUUUCAGAUAUGAAGACCUUAAGGUGGUCUGUGGGGUGAUCAACACAUGCAUCCACCCAGAUUCCAAUUGCAGAGCUUCCAUGAAAGACUUGUGUGCUGUGCUGGAAAGCGACAUCGACACAUCCAUAUCUGCAGAGCUGAAGGCGUCGUCUUUGGCGUGGGCCGAGCUGGCGCUUUCGUCCUGACACUACUGCUGCUAACAACUGUAAAUUUGGAUACAUAUAUAACUAUAUAACAUUUGUUGUCAUCAAGUUGAGAUUUUGUGUAAAUUGUGUGAUGUGUAAGAGCUAAUCAAUUCUUUGUACACUACUAGAACAUCAGUGAGCUUCAGAUAGUCAAAUAGUGAAAGAGCUAUUGAUAUCCUA